CCUGCCUUGGCUAAGCAUGACUGUAAACUGUUGCAAUUUCUACGGCAUUUUGAAGAAAUCUGAAUACUAAUCUAUGCAUUUCACUCCAGCAGGGACUUCAGGACAGACCAAGACAACAGCCUGAGAGCCCAAAAGGAGAGUUGACAAAGGACGUCAAAGACCUCUAAAGAUGGAAGAUACCCAGCAGGUUUGGCACGUGACGAUACCCUCCCAGGAAGACGCUGGAGAGCUGCAAAAGAAGGUGUCAGUGGCAAACCAGCCCGAGUGCUCCAUCUGCUACAACACCUACGACAAUGUCUUCAAAACACCCAAGCAGCUGCAGUGCACCCACACCUUCUGCCUGGAGUGCCUUUCCCGCCUCAAUGCGCUGUCCAACCGGAACAACAAAAACCCCACCUUAGACAUCCGUUGCCCCAUCUGCCGGCAGGCCACUAUUUUGCCAAAGGAAGGACCCCCGGCCCUGGCCACCAGCCGCGAGGUCCUCUGCGAGCUGCCCAGCCACCAGCAGCAGGAGGAGCCGGUGUGGCUGGAGGGGGAGAGGCUGUGCUACAAGAGCAGGCAGAAUCAUAAUACUUCAGGGGACCCCGAAAGUCCUACGGCCUUCUGCGUCUGCAUUGACAUUGGGUCCUCCAAGAUGGACACUGCUCCCGAGCUUCCACAGCGGCAUCUCACUAUGGUGGACAGAGUGGCUGACUGCAAGAAGAUGAUCCUCUUCAUUCUGCUCCUGGUGCUGCUUAUUGUGGUUGUUUUGUGGCCUCUGCAGUGCGUGUUCAGCACUGGGAAUAUGCGCUGCUUCAGCGAAAGCCCCCACCCCACCAUCAGUACCACCCCCAACCCCAACAUCACCAGUGCCAUGUUCAAGAAACUGGUGGGAUAA